AGCCAUGUCUCAUCAUCUGCUCCAGUAUAAGUCUCUUCAACUUUACACCUAAUAGGUAUCUAGCCUGCCAAGAUGCCAGGGCCAAGACCUCAGAAGGGCCCUAAGACCAGAGGCCAGGGUGCUGCAACUGCCAAGCAGCUAGGGCUUUUUGUGGAGUUCAACACUGAGGACAUGCUCCUGGGAAUGGAUGAGACUGAAGAUGAGGGAGACCUGGAGGCUGAGCUAUUGGCUCUCACUGGGGAAGUGAGGAGCACAACCAAGAAGCCAGCACCCAAGGGGCAUGCCCCCCUGCCCAUGGCCCACAUUGAGGAGUUGGCAGCAGACUGCAUGCGAGAUCUGGAGGAGGAGGGCGAGGAAGAUGAAGGGCUGGAGGAAGAUGCAGAGCUGCUGACAGAGCUGCAGGAAGUCCUGGGAGUGGAUGAAGAAACUGAGCUGCUAGAUGACAGGGAGGCAACAAGCCCAGACUUGUCUGAGGAGAAGGCACAGGACAACACUGAACAACCUGUAGUGCAGACAGCCUUCCAACAGGCUCUACCUGCAGUGCCCCAGGCUGGAGGGCCUCGGGGGCUGCAGGCUUUGCUGGAGGAAAGGAUCCAUAACUACCGGGAGGCUGCAGCUAGUGCCAAGGAGGCUGGUGAAGCUGCCAAAGCCCGGCGUUGUGAACGAGGCCUGAAGACUUUGGAGUCCCAGCUUGCCACUGUGAGGAAAGGUGGGAAGAUCAGUGAGGAUGAGAUUCCACCUCCCGUAGCCUUGGGCAAAAGGCCUCCACCCCACCAGGAAACAGCCAGCAGAAACUCUGAGAAAGAAACACCAGCUCCCUGUGCCAUGGAGCCAGGCAACCUUUUCCAACCUGAGACCAGCCUCCCAGGCAGCUCUGCCAUUGCUCCCCUGCCUGAUGCAGACCUAGACCCACAGGCCCUGUUGUUAGCACGACAGAGAGAGUACAAAGUAGCUGCUCUCAAUGCCAAGCGGGCUGGGGAUCUAGAUCGUGCCCGGGAGCUCAUGAGGAUUGGGAAGAGAUUUGGUACUGUCCUGGAGGCCCUGGAGAAGGGGCAGCCUGUGGAUCUGAGUGGCAUGCCCCCAGCACCUGAGGAUCUGAAGGCUCUCCCACAGGCUUCUAAGGCCCCCACAGCAACCCGAGUCCUAUCCCCAGCAGUGGAGCAAGUGCAACCAGUGAUGACCUCUGACCUCCCAGCCACCCCAGUGGCCCCUGCAGAGCCAAAAACAGUGCUGGAUGCUUUACAGCAAAGGCUGAACAGGUACCGUGAGGCAGGCAUCCAGGCCCGGGCCAAUGGGGAUGAGCGUAAGGCCAGGAUGCAUGAUCGCAUUGCAAAGCAAUAUCAGGAUGCUGUUCGAGCUCAUCGAGCAGGACAGAAAGUUGACUUUGCUGAGUUACCUGUUCCUCCAGGCUUUCCUCCCAUCCCUGGCCUGGAGCCCAGUACAGGUGUCGAGGAGGAUUCCAUGGCAGCAACUUUGGCAACUGCCCAAAAACUGGCCUCAGAAUCAGUCCUGGUAGAUGAAGAUGAGGAGAGUGACGCCCCAGCACAGGCCCCAGUGGCCAAGAAGCCAGCACAGCCUCUGGCCCAUUCAUCUCGUCUUCUGACUGAGCCCAAGGCCUCAAGUUCUAAGGAAUCACUGAGUCCGUCUGCUCGGGAGCAGCUGGCACUGCUGGAGGCUCGGAAACUGCAAUACCAGCGAGCAGCCCUGCAAGCCAAGCGCAGGCAGGAUCUGGAGCAGGCCAAAUCUCAUUUACGAGUGGCUAAAAGUCUUGAGGCCCAGAUCAUCCAAGCCAGAGCAGGUCAACCCAUUGACCUUUCCAAGGUGCCUUCACCCUUGACGGAUGAAGAGGGUGACUUCAUCCUCAUUCACCAUGAGGAUCUGCGACUUUCCCAGAAGGCUGAGGAGGUGUAUGUCCAGCUACAGAAAAUACUCCUGGAGCAACAUGAGAAGUGCCUGCUGUUCUCCAAGCAGUUCAUGCACCAGGGCAAUGUGGCUGAGACUACCCGGUUUGAGAAGCUUGCUCAGGACCGAAAGAAACAGCUUGAGAUACUGCAGCUAGCUCAGGCCCAGGGCCUUGACCCUCCCAGCCACCACUUUGAGUUGAAGACCUUCCAGACUGUGAGGAUCUUCUCAGAACUCAACAGCACAGAAAUGCAUCUGAUCAUCGUCAGGGGAAUGAACCUCCCAGCCCCACCAGGAGUGACGCCUGAUGACUUGGAUGCUUUUGUACGCUUUGAGUUUCACUACCCUAACUCGGACCAGGCUCAAAAAAGCAAAACAGCCGUGGUAAAGAAUACAAACUCUCCAGAAUUUGAACAAGUUUUCAAAUUAAACAUCAAUCGAAAUCACCGUGGCUUUAAGAGGGUGAUCCAGAGCAAAGGAAUCAAAUUUGAGAUCUUUCACAAAGGAUCCUUUUUUAGAAGUGACAAGCUGGUUGGCACAGCACACCUGAAAUUGGAAAGGCUGGAGAAUGAGUGUGAGAUCAGAGAGAUCAUGGAGGUUCUGGAUGGAAGAAAGCCCACAGGGGGCAAGCUGGAGGUCAAGGUGAGGCUUCGGGAGCCUUUGAGUGGCCAGGAUGUGCAGAUGGUCACUGAGAACUGGCUGGUCCUGGAGCCCAGGGGCCUGUGAGGUGGUCAGCACUGGGAGAUAAUCAGCCAGCAUUGGUACCAGCUCACUGACCCAGCGCUGCUGGCUGCAAGAGCCUCUGUACGUGACAGACGCUGCUACCCAAGCACCAAAGAUCCACUGAACUAACCGUUGCCUGGGCUUUCCUCGAGCUGCCUUUUCUGGGCCUCCAUGGAAGCAGGCCAGAUCCUAGGAGCUUCUCCUACAGCCUUCCAUUCCCCAGAAUGUGGAUGAAGACAAGGAUACCCCCACUGCUCUGUGCCAUAGAGUCCUAUUGCCCCUUAACCUCUGCAUAGUAAUGAUGUACAGUUUAACCCGGCCCCCACUUGUACCAUUUCUGGAUGUGCCUUUCAAAGAUUUAACUGUAAGUGAUGGGAAAACUUGAGGGUGAUCGGUACCUUCCCUGCUUAGGGGAGGGACAGGAUUCCGUGACCCAGCUGGUCAGUGGCAGCCUGUCCCGCCCAGCUGUUUUCCCCAUGCUUGUGCCUUUGACCCUGACACCUGCUGCACUAGCCUUUCUGAUUCCCAGCGGACUUGGGACAGGAAAAUUACUUUGGUACUAUUGGUGGGAAGGGGAAGGUUUUCUUGGUUUUGGUCCAUGUAACUAAGAUAUUAACUGGGAAGAAAAGAAAAAAAAUAUCAAUUUUAUGUAGCCAUUUUUAUUUUAAAACUAGGUCUAAUUCAUUGAAAGGACUUUAUAUUCUAAGCAGUAUCAGAGUCUUCAAAUGCCCUGGCUCCCUGUCACUUUAAAAGUCAAAUCAGUAUUACCAUGUGCCCAUUGCACCCAUGCAUUUCUCUUGACAAGGCCUGUCCUCGAGCUGAUCACUUGGCUAAUCCCUGUUUGUACAAAUUCUAUAGCUUUUAGUGAAUGGAUGGAAAUGAAUGGACAGGUAGUUACAAGAGUUGAUAUUCACAAAUUCUAGAUUUCUCAGGAAUCAACACCCCAACUCUUUCCCCUGUUUUAAAGCAUUAAUCUCAACAAAGUCUUCCUCCAGACUUACUUUUUAUUUAUUUUGGUUGUAUGAGGCAGAGUCUCACUCUAUAGUCCAGGCUGGUCUUGAACUCACAGCAAUCCUUCUGUUGAAGCCUCCCUAGUGCAGGGAUUACAGGCAUGAGUGACCAUGCCCGGCUUCCUCAAGAUAAUUUGGGAAGGCUCUAUGUGAAGGAAGUACAUUCAACAGUUGGUCACUACAGUGUUGCGUAAGCAGAGCUCAGGGUGAGCUUGUGUGUCUGUUGGAAAUAACAGAGCUAGACCAUGCUUCCCUGCCCUUAAGAGUUUAUCAAAAUUGUUAGUGGUAUCAUAAAGCAGAAACUAAUGACAAAAGCCCUCUGGCCAAUCUUACCUAGCAGAUGUGAGUUCCUAAUCUUUCAUAUAUAAGAGAUAGCCACAUUGUGUGUGCAGCAGUAAUUUGGAAUGAAAGGGUCUCUUCCUUCAUGAAGGAACCCAGAACAGAGGAGUGGCUGAAGAGUUUUGGUCCUGCUAUACUUUCCUUACAAUUUACACCUGACUGCUUGCUAAGAUGAAGCACCCCUGGGUUAUUCUCCAAGAUUGCACUCAGCCCUAGGCAUUUCUCACUUGACCUCUCUGCUGGAAGUGUUGUAGUGUUCUGAGACUUGAAGGAUUUCCCUUUACAACUGGUUCUCUUUCAGUCCACUUGAUUGCUCUGCUUAUUGAAAAACAACCUCACGGCUGAGGGAGGCCUGACAAAGCCACCCCCUGGACUUGGAGACUGGGGUUCUUAAAGGUCUUUGUUGUAGCCAAGGAAUGCAUGGGUGGGGGAGGAGCUGCAUAAAGCCUCAUUUAUGUAAGGUUUGUUCAACCACAGUAACCAAACAUUGUUCAUGGAUAUAACUAAGAACCAGCCACAAAAUCAUUUAUAAAUACUACACUGCACGUCCUUUGAUUUACUGAAUAAAAUGCGAAAUUUUAGAGUCA